AUGUCAUCAUAAUCUUAAUAAGAAUAAGAUUAAGAUCAAGAAAAUAAUGAAGAACUUUAAGCUGAUGAUUAAGAUUUAUCAUCAAAAUAAUAGAAAGGCUAAAAAUAAGUAAAGAGUAGUAUAAAAAAAGUAAGAAAUUAUUAAAAAGUUCCCGAAAAUCUUAAAUCAUAAUUACUUAAGUUAGUAAUUUAGUAGGGUGUUAAAAUAAAUUAAGUAGCAAUUUGGAAUUUAUUAUCAGGCAGCCCAAUAAUUGAAUUUAAAAUAUGCCACAGCUAAAACUAUAGUUUUUACUUAUCGAGCUUAAUCGAAACCAAAGAAAUCAAAAAAUAAAAAAAAGAAAACUGCUAUAAAAGUAGAAUUUGUACCAAUCCAAAAUAAUAAUGUCAAUCCUAUUCAUGUAGAAAUUACGAUUGGAGGAAAUAUAUAAAAUAAAUUUACACUCUAAUGA